AUGCCGGGAUUAUUAGCCGUGCCGAUUAAUUUACCAGGGACACCUUUUAAUCGUUCAAUUAAAGAAGGGAAAAAGCUGAAAUUGGAGCUGUUGAAGAUUGUGGAGGCUAGGAAAAAGAUGAUUCCAAAGUUGAAGGAAAGGGAAAAGGCUGGAUCAGGUUUUGAGGACAUACUGUCUCGAAUGUUGUUGGAGGGAAAAGACCAUUUCAAGUCAGACAUGGAAAUCGUCAAUAAUCUUAUCAGCUUUUUACUUCCAAGUUAUGAAGGGAUCACAGCCGCCCUCACCACCACCUUCAAGUACCUCUCUGAGCUUCCUCAGGUAAUUAAUGAACAUAGGAACAUUGCCAAAUCCAAAUCUCCGCAAGAGAAGUUGAAUUGGGAAGAUGUGCAACAGAUGAAAUACUCUUGGAAUGUGAUAUGUGAAGCAAUGAGGCUAAUACCUCCUACCUUUGGGACUUUCAGAGAGGCCAAAAUUGACCUCAACUUUGCAGGCUACACAAUUCCAAAAGGAUGGAAGAGUCCAUUUACAUCAAACAAAGAUCCCAAGUGUUUCCAGAACCCGGAGACUUUUGAUCCCGAAAGAUUCGAUCGAGACGGGAUGCUACCAAGCAGCUAUGUACCUUUUGGUGGAGGGACUCAAAUGUGUCCUGGAAAGGACUUCGCCAAAUUUGUUAUGCUCGUAUUCACGUACAAUGUAGUGUCAAAAUUUAGAUUCAGAAAACGAAUUCCUGAUGAAAAGAUAAUAUAUCUCCCAGGUCCUAGGCCUGAGAAGGGUCUUCCCGUCCUACUCCAACAGCAUCAGCAUCACGAGUAGGAUUUUGUUCUGGAUGCGAUGAUGAUGAUAUUCUGAUAGCCAAUCCAUAUCGAGGAAGCAUGAAAUUCUUCUGUUGACGAAAAAGACUAUAUGGAACUCCAGAUUUAUGAUAUGGAACUCCAGAUUUAUGAACCUGUCAGUCUGAUUUAUCAUUCUCUAUUAUUUUAUCUGUCUGUCCGUGUUUGUUAUAUGAGUUAAAGAGCAGAGGACAGAGUGUUAUGCGAGACAAUUGGUGAUGGAUUCUUUGAGGCAAGUAGG